GGGCGCUGUCCCCUCUUGGGCCAUGUCCUUGCUCAGCCGGGCGGCGAUCGCAGGGGCCCGGCUCCUCGCCCGGAGCCGCUGGGGCUUGAAUGCCUCAGCCACCGUCGGGAUGGGGAACAGAACAUCCUCUUCCAUGGAUAAAUCAGAAAUUGCUCCUAUAAAUCAGAUCCAGGAAACAAUUUCACAUAAUUGUGUAGUGAUCUUCUCAAAAACGUCCUGUUCUUAUUGUACAAUGGCAAAAAAACUUUUUAAUGACAUGGAUAUAAAAUACACUGCAGUGGAAUUGGACAUGCAUAAAUAUGGAAGCCAGUUUCAGGAUGCUCUUCACAAAAUGACUGGUGCAAGAACUGUUCCAAGAAUUUUUGUCAAUGGGACUUUUAUUGGAGGAGCAACUGAUACUCAUAGGCUUCACAAAGAAGGCAAGCUGCUUCCAUUAGUUCAUCAGUGUUAUUUAAAAAAGUUUGGAGCAAAGAAUUUCAGACAGUAAUGUAGACUGUCUUUGGCUGUGCUGGCAAAUGUCAGCUUUUUAGUCAUUUUGCUUAUAAAACAUUUAAAAAAUUCUUUGAAAAUGUGAAAUCUUUCUCAAAGAAUGGCCUAUGAAAUGAUGAACAAUAAAGACCUGUGGAAACCUA